AUGACCCUCUUCUUUUCCGUCCAAAUGCUCUUCGUCAUUUUUUUGGAAUUUAUGCCAAAAACUUACUGUACUGAUGAUGACUAUUGUUACAAAAUGAAAAACAAAUGUCUGACAGAUUUUGAUCGCACUCCAGAUAGUGCAAUCUGCCCAUAUAAUUCUUCAAAUUUUAACGAAUGUGUCAAGGAAGCGAAAAGAGUGGACUUCCGGUCUGCUCAAUUCGAUUAUCAACAAGAUUGCACUGGUUUAAAACAUUUCUCCUCCUCGACGGCUACAUUCAUCGGAACUCUCCUUGGAAACCUUGUCCUCGGAUAUCUCUCCGAUACCAUUGGCCGCCGUCCCGUCUAUAUUUUCUCGAUUUGUCUCGGUGUCCCAGCUGUCAUUCUAUCGGCUGCUAUAAAUGGAGUCAUGAAUUUCUACAUUUUCCGAUUCAUUGUUGGAUUUGCAGUUGCUGGAACACUGACUGUUGGAUGGACGUAUGCAUCGGAAAUGAUCACUCCGAGUAGACGAUUCCGGUUGAGAACUUUUCCCAAUUGGGCAAACGCCCGUAUGAUGCAAGUGGGAGUGUCUUGGUUGGCUGGUGAAUGGCGUCUCGCUUCAUAUCUGUGUGCAACUCUCUCAGCUACAGUACUCCCAAUGAUUUGGUAUCUCCCAGAGAGUCCCGUUUUCUUGGAGCAAAAGAAAAAGUUCGAGCGAGCCGAGAGGUCUCGAGAGAAAAUUGCAGCGAUCUGUCAGCUGGAAUACGAACCGAAACCACGAGAGGAGAUGGCUGAUUUGAAGAAAAUCACUCCGAUGAUGUUGUUGAGAAGUCCCGUUUUGAGGAGCAACUUUCUCGUUCUUUGUUGGAUGUGGUUCUACGUGGGAAUGUCGGUCUACAUAACCGAUUUGAAUAGUGGAGAUAUGGCCAAGAACUUUUAUGUCGGACAGUUUCUUUGCGGUUUCGUAUUGACUAUUUCCAAGAUUACGAUCGGAAUAAUCGAACCGAAAAUCCCUUGGCUCGGUCGUCGUUUCAUCUUCAUUGCAUCGCAACUCAUCGCCCUCUGUGCCUACGUGACUAUCCUCACUGCUCUCUGGUCGAAAAACAAGGAAUCCUGGUGGUAUACUGUAUCAUACAUCUUCGCGUAUGCUGCACAAUCCCUGUGUCUGGAGACUUGUUAUCUAUCACUUGCUGAGUUGAUGCCAACUGAUGUCCGAAGUAUUGCUGGUGCUCUUAUGAAUAUUCUCAUGAAGAUUGGAACUAUUCUCGCGUCGACUACAAAACCAAUCAAGUUCUGGUAUGAACCAAUGUUAUUCAUGAUUAAUACGGUUCUUUGUACUGCUGGAUUACUCGUUGUUUGGAAAUAUUUACCGGAUGAGAUUAGUGAGAGCAUUGAUGAGGAGAGUUCCACGAAUAAAACGUCUUCUGAAAUUCCAUCGGAUGACUCUAAUUCCCAGAUGACGUCCGUCCUGGAGAGUAGUGAAAAGUCGGAAGUUGUAACAGAGAAAUCGGAGAAAUAG